GGGCUUUCGCUUUCACUUCCUUCUGCGAGAGCGGACAGAUCUCCGGGUGCUGGGCGAUCAUGGCGCUGCUGGAGGUGUGCGGAGCCCCCCGAGGGCAGCCGGAGGACUGGGCUUUCCCCCUUUCGGGAAGCCGGCAUUGCUCGGACCCGGGACACUACAGUUUCUCAAUGCGAUCUCCGGAGCUCGCCCUCCCCCGGGGAAUGCAGCCCACUGAAUUCCUCCGGUCCCUGGGUGAGAACAGAGAAAGCAAAGUUCAGAUUGAGAUGGCCCAUGGCACUACCACCCUCGCCUUCAAAUUCCAGCACGGAGUGAUUGUGGCGGUGGAUUCCCGGGCCUCAGCUGGGAAUUACAUUGCCACCUUAAGGGUAAACAAGGUGAUUGAGAUCAACCCUUACCUGCUUGGCACCAUGUCUGGCUGUGCAGCGGACUGUCAGUACUGGGAGCGGCUGUUGGCCAAGGAGUGCAGACUGUACUAUCUGCGGAAUGGGGAGCGGAUCUCGGUGUCAGCAGCCUCCAAACUGCUCUCCAACAUGAUGUGCCAAUACCGGGGCAUGGGCCUCUCCAUGGGCAGCAUGAUCUGUGGCUGGGACAAGAAGGGUCCUGGACUCUACUAUGUGGAUGAACAUGGGACUCGGCUCUCAGGAAGUAUGUUCUCCACUGGUAGUGGGAACACCUAUGCCUACGGGGUCAUGGAUAGUGGCUACCGGCCUGAUCUUAGCCUUGAAGAGGCCUAUGACCUGGGCCGCAGGGCUAUUGUUCAUGCCACCCACCGAGACAGCUAUUCUGGAGGUGUUGUCAAUAUGUACCACAUGAAGGAAGAUGGUUGGGUAAAGGUGGAGAGUACAGACGUCAGUGACCUGAUGCACCAGUACUGGGAGGCCAAUUAGUAACAGUGGUGGCGGCUGGGCAGGUCUUCUCUGGGAAAGCCCAGCGACUCUGGGACCUGAGCCAGCCUACCCUCCAGGACAAAGAGGGUCUUAACCUAAGCCCAGAGAUAGGGAACCAGUGGUCAGGGGCAUUGGGGCAGGUUCAUCCUUUGUGUGUUCUCUAUUUUAAGGGGCAUUCACCCCACUCAGCCAUCUGGGUACCCCACUCAGUACAAUAAAGGAAACGGUUAUAGAA